GGAUGCCCCACCCUCGGCGAGAGUCCUUGCAAACCGAAACAGAUAUCGACGGAAAGGGCAGAAUUUGUCCCCUGUGUAGACGUAUAACAGUGCACAAGUAUAGGCUUCAAUUGCAGGGGAAAACAGGUCACAGAAGGAAAGGAAGAUUUUAGCGAAUCUUUGCGACAUUGUCGCGUUUCGUUGGUUCCGUGCCGUAAAAGCAGUCGCGGAGCCACCCCCAGCCGAGGCAGGGGCAGACGUGCGGGGCAAUGGCGGAUAUGGAGGACCUCUUCGGGAGCGACGCCGACAGCGAUGCUGAGCGUAAAGAUUCUGAUUCUGGAUCAGACUCGGAUUCUGAUCAAGAGAAUGUUGCCUCUGGCAGUAAUGCCUCUGGAAGUGAAAGCGAUCAAGAUGAAAGGGGUGAUUCAGGAAAGCCAAGUAAUAAGGAACUGUUUGGAGAUGACAGUGAGGAUGAGGGAGCUUCACAUCACAGUGGGAGUGAUAAUCAGUCUGAAAGAUCAGACAAUAGAUCAGAAGCUUCUGAGCAUUCUGAGCGUGAAGACAAUGACCCCUCAGAUGUAGAUCAGCAUAGUGGAUCAGAAGCCCAUAAUGAUGAUGAAGAUGAAGGUCAUAGGUCAGAUGGAGGGAGCCAUCACUCAGAAGCAGAAGGUUCUGAAAAAGCACAUUCAGAUGAUGAAAAAUGGGACAGAGAAGAUAAAAGUGACCAGUCAGAUGAUGAAAAGAUGCAAAAUUCUGAUGAUGAGGAGAGGGCACAAGGAUCUGAUGAAGAUAAGCUGCAGAAUUCUGAUGAUGAUGAGAAAAUGCAGAACACAGAUGAUGAGGACAGGCCUCAGCUUUCAGAUGAUGAGAGACAACUGUCUGAGGAGGAGAAGGCUAAUUCUGAGGAUGAACGGCCCGUAGCUUCUGAUAAUGAUGAUGAGAAACAAAAUUCUGAUGAUGAAGAACGGCCACAGAUGUCUGAUGAGGAGAAAAUGCAAAAUUCUGAUGAUGAAAGGCCACAGGCCUCAGAUGAAGAACACAGGCAUUCAGAUGAUGAAGAGGAGCAGGAUCAUAAAUCAGAAUCUGCAAGAGGCAGUGAUAGUGAAGAUGAAGUUUUACGAAUGAAACGCAAGAAUGCAAUUGCCUCUGACUCAGAAGCAGAUAGUGACACUGAGGUACCAAAAGAUAACAGUGGAACCAUGGAUCUGUUUGGAGGUGCAGAUGAUAUAUCGUCAGGGAGUGAUGGAGAAGAUAAACCGCCUACUCCAGGGCAGCCUGUUGAUGAAAAUGGAUUGCCUCAGGAUCAACAGGAGGAGGAACCAAUUCCUGAGACCAGAAUAGAAGUAGAAAUACCCAAAGUAAACACUGAUUUAGGAAACGACUUAUAUUUUGUUAAACUGCCCAACUUUCUCAGUGUAGAGCCCAGACCUUUUGACCCUCAGUAUUAUGAAGAUGAAUUUGAAGAUGAGGAAAUGCUGGACGAAGAAGGUCGAACCAGGUUAAAAUUAAAGGUAGAAAAUACGAUAAGAUGGAGGAUACGCCGGGAUGAGGAAGGAAAUGAAAUCAAAGAAAGCAAUGCUCGGAUUGUCAAGUGGUCAGAUGGGAGCAUGUCUCUGCAUUUAGGCAACGAAGUGUUUGAUGUUUACAAAGCUCCACUACAGGGAGAUCACAACCAUCUUUUUAUAAGACAAGGUACUGGUCUACAGGGACAAGCCGUUUUUAAAACCAAACUCACAUUCAGACCUCACUCUACAGACAGUGCCACACAUAGAAAGAUGACCCUGUCACUUGCGGAUAGAUGCUCAAAGACACAGAAGAUUAGAAUCUUACCAAUGGCUGGUCGUGAUCCUGAAUGCCAGCGCACUGAAAUGAUUAAGAAAGAAGAAGAACGUUUGAGGGCUUCUAUUCGUAGGGAAUCUCAGCAGCGCCGAAUGAGAGAGAAACAGCACCAGCGGGGGCUGAGUGCUAGUUACCUAGAACCUGAUCGCUAUGAUGAGGAGGAGGAAGGCGAGGAGUCCAUAAGCUUGGCUGCCAUUAAAAACCGAUACAAAGGGGGCAUUCGAGAGGAACGAGCCAGAAUCUAUUCGUCAGACAGUGAUGAGGGAUCAGAAGAAGAUAAGGCUCAAAGAUUACUCAAAGCGAAGAAACUGACCAGUGAUGAGGAAGGGGAACCCUCUGGAAAGAGAAAAGCAGAAGAUGAUGAUAAAGCAAGUAAAAAGCAUAAGAAGUACGUGAUCAGUGAUGAAGAGGAAGAAGAUGAUGAUUGAAGCACAAUGUGAAAACAGUUUAUGUAUUUUUUGUACAGUUUAUUAAAUACGAUGUAAACAUGAGUUAUUUUGAUUGAAAUGAAUUGAUUUGCUUUUGUGUAAUUUUAAUUGUAAUAAAAAAAUUUUUAAAGCAA